AUGGCAAAGCAGUUAGCAAGAAAUCUGAGGAAGGUAAGUAAAUUUCUACUUAAUAGCUUUAAUAAUUUGCACAUGUGCACAUCUAUAAUUAUCUCUAACCAUGCAAGGAUGACAUAUUGCUUAGUGCAAUCUGCAUGCCUUUUGUUAACGCAUUUAAAAUUUAACUGUUCAUAUGAGAAAUAAGUCAGCCUGGCUAGGCAAGAUCUCACCUUGCGCUGGAUGGGAUCUCUGUCAAGUAGGGAUGGGGAUUUUUUGCCGAUUUCGACCUAUAGUGUAAUAUUGAACGACAAAGUUUUAAAUACAAGCAAAAAAUAAACAGAAAAAAUAAACCUGAGACACUUACUAUAUGUAACGUCCUUGUACAAGAUGCAGUUUGUGUAACCAAAAAAUAGUUCGAAGACGCAAUGUUUACAUAAUUUUGCGGUCCCACCGAGGCGGGAUAUUAGGCAGGAUAGCAACAGUCAUAUGAACACAGGAAUAAUUCAUGCCACUCAGGUAAGCCUCUCGAGAAACCCCGCUCAUAUGAACAGGCCCUAACACCUUACACCUGUUCGAACAGGCUUCCCAGAAAUACAGUAAAAACCCGCAUAAUAAAAGAAACACUAUUUUUUAUGUUAGGCUAGCUGAAGUGCUUCUUAUAUAAUGGGUACUUAACUAGUAGUGAGGGAUCAGGCUGAACUGGUUUUUAAAUUAACUAGUUCUUAUUUCAAGCCUAAAACAAUUAAUACUUGUUAGUGUUUCAAAUCAUUUGUAAAAUCAAGAAAAUACAUGAAGUAAAAUUGAAUUUAAAUAUACGUUCACAAAUUUCAGUUAAUAAAUAUCUUCGACAGUUUCCACAAGCCGAUCUCCUUUGAUUAAUAUACAUUGUUGACUUUUUUGGCCACCCUUUUAAUAAAAAGACAUGAUAUAGAUAUUAGUGAUUUCCUCAUAUAUAGCUGCGGUCCUUUGAUCCCAAUGGAAUGUGCAUGCUGAAUAAAUACCAAUCAGUUUUGUUUAUUUAAAUGUAAAACAACGCUGAUAUUAAUGACAAGUUAAUUUCAAACUAUAAUUUAGAGAUUAACUAAAUGAUAUAGUUAUAUUAUGUAACCGACAUCAUUAAGUUAAUGCUUGGUUCAAAUUGGCCGUGUCACAACUUUAAACCCAAAAUAUCGGCGAUAUUGAAUCGUCAUUGUUGCCAUAACGACGGGAUUAGCAAUUCCUUUUUUUGCGAAAAAAUCCAACUCUGUAGUUGUUAUUUUUCUAGUCGGACUUUCUUUGCCUUUUAAUUUAACAAAUAUGAAUUGUCGAAAAAUUGGGUCUAAAUCAGAGAUCUUCCAUUUCCUAGUAAACUGUAGGGAACCACCUUAAGUUGUAAUCCACCAACGGUAAUCGACAGCAAAAGUUUUGUGUAUUCCACUGUCACAUGCACACCUUCAUAUUUUCUUUAAUUUAUUGUGUCAUAAUAUCUACUAAAAUUUUAUGCACUUUUUAAAAUAUAGUCGAUUUACAGUCCGACUGCGUUUUGGAAUGAAACUGCGCGCCCAAUUAAUACACGCGGAUUUUGAAAUGCCGGAAACGUCCGAAGUCGAGUUUUUGAACUGACUAAUUUUCUAACUCUGUAAUUUACUAUAAUAGUAUUUUAGAAACAUUUCAAGGUGCCUGUGGGAUAUCUCCCGGCCUCUACUUUCUAAACAUGAAUUAACAAGAAUGGGUAGAAGCAAAGUUGUUUUGAAACUGUUGUUGUAGCUGGAGCAAUCUUAUAUUUUUUCAGUAGUUAAGUAGCGGAUUGCUUUCAAGGAACAGCCGCUAUUCGCUACUUUUCAAAUUUCUCAUCAAUCGACUGAAUGUAUAAACAGAAAUUGCAUCACACCAAAUCUCAUUACCAGAAUGUGCAAAUUUUUUAUCCUGCUGACCUGCUAUUAGUCCACCGCCAAAAAGUCAACCACUUUUGCUAAUUAAAUAUUGAUUUCUUCCGCGUUUGGUUCAAUAGUUAUUAAUGAGUAUGAGAAUUUAUUUUAAAACUUCGACGUUUCACCCAAACUAUCGCAGCUUACUGUAGAAUACCACCUUCACUGGACCUCCACGUUUGAGAUGUCAUGAUAUUAUCAUUUAGAAAUUGAAGUUCAGUCAAAGAGAGGUCCAUUUCAUUGGCCAUCCUGGUUGCGUCCGUCUUGGUUUCCAACGAGAAACACAACACGUCCUACACGUCCGAUUUGGCCGUGGCGUCCCUCGUGGCGUCCUUCGUGGCGUCCUUCGUGGCGUCCUUCGUGGCGUCCUUCGUGGCGUCCCUCGUGGCGUCCCUCGUGGCGUCCCUCGUGGCGUCCUUCGUGGCGUCCUUCGUGGCGUCCCUCAUGGCGUCCCUCAUGGCGUCCCUCGUGGCGUCCUUCGUGGCGUCCCUCGUGGCGUCCCUCAUGGCGUCCCUCGUGGAAUCCCUCGUGGCGUCCCUCAUGGCACCCAUCAUGGCGUCCAUCAUGGAACCCUUGGCCUUCAUGGCGACCCAGCCGUUUAUGGCCCACGUGGAAUCCAUCAUGGCGUCCAAGUCGUCCCUCAGAACGUCCAACCCGUCCAAUUUGGCCGUCUUGGUCUGGUUGGCUAUUCGGAAAACGUGCUCUUGGUACUGGUGAACGUGCUCGUGUGA